AUGCCUACUCCCGAAGAGAUUGCUGACCUGACGAGGAAGAUGGCUACGGCCACUUCUGCUGAUCUGGGGGCUCUCUCCCAGACUUUGAUCGCCGAAGUCCAGAAGAGGUCGAAGCAGGAGGAGGAGGAGCGGGAGAAGGUGAAGAAGGCCGAGGAGGAAAGGGAAGCGGUCAAGCUUGUUGGCGUGGCCGAGACAAUCCGGGAGUGGAUCCCUCAACAAGGACCUCGAGGGUUGAUGAGGGCGGCGUUGGCUCGGUGGGAUGCGCAACAUCCCGAAUACGCCACCACCACCACCGACGAGAAGGCUGAGAAGACGGUCGUUCCCCCCCUCCCCCAAUCCCCUCCCCCCGCCGACUCCUCCUCCUCCGGCCCCAGUCGAGAACGCCGGGCCUCGACUCCCUUGAGGGAGGUCUUAAAGGCCUUCGUCAAGGCCGCCACCACCCCAAAGAAGAGGAGGGUUGCGGUUGAGGAGGAUGACUCGGAUGACGUCGAGUACCUCAGGGAGGACGGGCCUUCGCCCAAAAAGGCGAUCAAGUUCGCCGCGAGGAGGAACGCAAGGUCGGCGAAGGGGAAGGGGAGGGCCAACCAGGUGGAAGAAUGUAAGGCCCGGGAGCGACCCCCGACGGGGAUCCCCCUGGACAGGCUGACGGGACGCAGGAAUGAGGCAAGGUAUGGGUAG